AAACUGGCUGAGCAAGACUAUAACACCACUCCUCCGUGGCCUCUGCUUCAGUUUCUACCUCACGGUCCUGCCUUUGAUUUCUGUCCUGACCUCCCUUCAUGACGGACUGUAACCUGUAAGGUCAUUGCUUUCUUCAAUCAAUCAACAUGAAUGCAGUGGCAGACACAGCCAUCUUUUUGGGAAAAUUUCUAUAUUAUUUUUUAGAAUCUUUAGUUUUCAAGAUAAUUCCUAAAGGGAAGAAGGAUGUUUCUGGAGAGACUGUACUUAUAACAGGAGCUGGGAGUGGACUUGGAAGGCUCCUGGCCAUGCAUUUCGCCAGCCACGGAGCCAACUUAGUUCUCUGGGAUAUUAAUCAAGAAGGCAAUCUGGAAACAUGCAGGCUGGCCAAGGAAAAAGGUGAUGUGAAAGUCUUUGCCUAUAAGUGUGACUGCAGCAACAGGAAGGAGGUCUACAGGGUUGCUGACCAGGUUAGAGAAGAAGUGGGUGAUGUCACCAUUCUCAUUAAUAAUGCAGGUAUUGUAACAGGGAAGUCCUUCCUUGAUAUUCCAGAUCACAUGGUUGAAAAAUCAUUUCUUGUCAAUGCCAUCUCUCACUUCUGGACUUGUAAGGCCUUCCUUCCUGCCAUGAUUAGAGCAAACCAUGGUCACCUGGUCUGCAUUUCAAGCGUAGCAGGACUGGUCGGUAUUAAUGGACUAUCAGAUUAUUCUUCAACGAAAUUUGCUGCCUUUGGCUUUGCUGAGUCUCUCUUCCUUGAAUUAACUAUGAUAAGGAAAACUAACAUUAAAAGCACCAUUGUGUGUCCCUAUUUCAUCAAGACCGGAAUGUUUGAAGGCUGUACAACCAAGUACCCACUUCUCUUACCUCUCCUGGAGCAGGAGUACGUGGCUAGAAAAGUUUUCAAUGCUAUUUUAGAGGACCAAGUCUACCUCCUAUUGCCCAAGUUUGCAUAUUUUGCAUUGUUUCUCAAACAAAUAAUAUCUCCAAAAAUGAUGAUUGCCCUUGGCGAGUACCUUGGCGUGGACACCUGUAUGAAUUCGUUCACAGGGAGAAAGGAAGCAGAGGACCUGCAGACUGAAGCAGAAAGGAAAGAGCAGUAACUCUGGCCUCAACCAUGACAAUUGCACAUAGAGAUGAGCUGGUACACUGUUUGGAAUCCCCCUAGUGGUUGCAGCAUGUCACCGUACCUGGGACCACCCAGGCUUUAGAAAGGAUGUAGCUUUCCUUCCCAGGAGACAGUUUGCACAUAGCUCUUCCUCUUUCCCUUCUUCUCUCUCCUCAGUUUUUUUUUUUUUUCCUCAUACUGGUUCUCAAUAUACUGUCUAGGCUAGUCUUUCAUAAUCCCACUGCCGCUGCCUUUGAGGACUGGGUUGGUAGACAUUUGUCAUCUGUCUCACCUCAUGCUGAUAUUUUUCUAAGCAUUUACGUUAUCUCUCCAGAUUCCAAUAUAAUUCUUCAGUUUGGUAAAUAAGAAUGUGGCAGUCUUUUCAGUGAACUCUGAUUAUAUGAAUCAUGUAUUUAUAAAUAUAAUUAAUGUAAAUUGGCCCUAAUCCCAUUUUAUAAUAGAAUAUUAUACUUCCAGGAAAGAGGCAAUUAUAAGUAAUAUGCUUGUAAAUCAGUGUUAUGAACUGAUAAAUUUUAAAUAUAUGAUCAAAUAUUCAUAUUAACUUUGUAGUUUAAAAUGUUUACUUCAAAAAAUUUUUUUCAAUAUCUGACCAAAUAUUCAUAUUAACUUUGUAGUUUAAAAUGUUUACUACACAAAAUGAGGACAGAUUUGUAUUGCUUAUUAAUCCCUACUGAGUUUAAGAUGAUCGUGUGAAGAUUGUUAGUGUGAUUCAAGCUGAACAUGUUUAUUGGAUUAAAGAAAUCUGUACCUUAUCA